AUGACUGCGCGCCAGGACUUCACUAUCGCUGCCAACAAGUUUUGCCAAGACCACAAUGUAAAGCUUUUGGUCUGCAUUACAGUCGGUCCUGUGAAAAAAGACAAUAGAGUGAGAAGCAUCGUGCUGAAUAAGGGUGAACUUCCCGGUAUGCGUCGCGGUAUGGCAAUUUUCGCUUCACCAGAAAACCGCCAAUUCGCCGAAGCAGUGAGUUUUUGUUUGUUUCCGUUAGAAUACCGUUCUUGA